GCGGGACUCGCGUCUCCACUCGCUGCCUCGCCCGCCGCGCCCCCAGCCCGGGAGCUGCUCCUCGAACUUCCUUUGGCCGCGCGGCCCGGGAACCCUGGCGGCUGGAAGGGCGCCAGGCGGCCGCCGCUGGGACCCUCCGGAGUCCUUCCCCGCGGCUCCCCGGGCGGCCGCCGCUCCUCCUCCUCGCCGCCCGCCCGCCCGUCGGUCCGUCCCGCCCGCCCGCCUCGCCGCUCCCCGGCGGGUAGGAGCCUCCCGGCUGCCCCCUCGGCGCCCCGCCGCGCCCGGACUUUUCUUUGUGUUGGAUGCGGACUGGCGCCCCGCGCCGACGGGGGCCGGACUGAGUGCCGCGCUCGCCUGCGCCGCCCGGCCCGGCCAUGCCCUUCCACCAGAGGACCGUGGAGCCCGCGCGGCUGCGCCAGCCGGAGGCGGCCGGGGCGGCGGGCGCGCCGCUCUUCCGCUCGCUGGAGCAGGUCAGCUCGCACGCCCUGGUCUGCCUGCUGGAGCAACUCGCCGACCUGUCGCGCUGCGCCGGGGACAUCUUCGGCGAGCUCGAGGGACAGGCGGCCGCCCUGGGCCGCCGUACCGCAGCGCUGUACCGCCGCCUCGACGCCCUGCACGCCGCCACCGCGCGCCUCGACCACCGCCGAGUGAAAAUCCCUGUUUCCAACCUAGAUGAGGAGAGUCGAUGGACAGUCCACUACACUGCUCCAUGGCACCAGCAGGAGAAUGUGUUCCUUCCCACCACAAGACCCCCCUGCGUAGAGGACCUGCACCGCCAAGCCAAGCUCAACCUCAAAUCAGUAUUGAGGGAAUGUGAUAAGCUGCGGCAGGAUGGCUACCGGAGUUCUCAGUACUACUCCCAGGGACCCACCUUUGCAGCGAACUCCAGUCCAUUCUGCGAUGAUUAUCAAGACGAGGAUGAAGAACCAGAUCCAAAGUGUUCUAUCUCUUCGUCGGAAGAGGAAAGACUUUCUACCAGGAGACCUAAAACGCCAACCUCAAGUGACUUCUCUGACUUUAAUACUCAAACCAACUGGACCAAAUCACUUCCCUUGCCAACACCGGAAGAGAAGAUGCGACAGCAGGCCCAAACAGUCCAGGCUGAUGUAGUUCCUAUUAACAUAACUGGGGAGAAUUUCGAUCGCCAGGCCAGCCUUCGGCGGUCUCUAAUUUACACAGACACUCUGGUAAGACGACCGAAGAAAGUCAAAAGGAGAAAGACUAUUACAGGAGUCCCUGACAGCAUACAGAAGGAGCUAGCUUCGGGGGGCACUGGCCAAGAUGAUGUCGGUGGCCACUCAGUGGACACCCCAGACCACUACUGUACGCUUGGAAGGCUCGAUGGCUAUAGAUCUGCUGGGCAGCGCUCAGAAACCAGGGAUUCCAGCUGUCAGACUGAGGAAGUGAAAAUCGUACCACCUUCGAUGAGAAGGAUCAGGGCGCAGAAGGGGCAAGGCAUUGCUGCCCAGAUGAGUCACUUCCCAGGCUCCUCUGGGAACAUGUCUGUGCUGAGCGACUCUGUGGGUGUCGUGUUCCCUUCUCGUCUCAACAGUGACACUGGUUUCCACAGUCUCCCCCGGUCUGGAGCGAGGACGAACGUUCAGUCCCUGGAGCCACGGCUGGGUGCCCUGCACCCUGCAGAAGACGCAGACGAAACUCUCGCCUACCAGAGGGGUCACCUGCAAGUAGACAAAGACUUCGGACAUCUAGGAGCUGCCCCAGGGACUGGAACACUUUUGAGGCCCAAAUCCCAGGAGCUGGGGUACUUGGAGGGUGAAAACGUAACAAGCCCGGCGUGCGUAGUCUCUCCUCACACGACCUACUCCACCAGUAUCAUCCCAAAUGCCGCACUCUCCUCCUCUUCAGAGGUUAUUGUGAUUCACACUGCUCAGAGCUUAGGGCAGCUGGACAGUAAAAUUACCAGUUCGUCUUCAUACACAAAGAUCAAAUCCAGAGACCACUUCCUCUCCAGGCAGAAAGAUGAUCAUCAUUCUCCCCGUGGUAACUGGACUGAGGGGCACCCCACCAUUUUUUCACAGGCCUCAGAUCCUCAUUCGUCCAGUGCAACCACUGUGCUGUCCCUCUGUGAUUCUGCGGUCUCUCUAAAUACGCCCGCAAAUCGGGAGAAUGGGUCCCAGGCCAUGGCCUAUAAUUGUAGAAACAACCUGAGCUUCCCGGUCCACCCCCAGGAUCUGAACAGCAAGAGUGAGUCCAGUCAUUCAGGAGGCAGGGGACACGGCGGCAGCGCGGAGCCCUGGGAAUACAGUGCCUCGGGUAGUGGGCGUGCGUCCCCACGGAAGCCACAUUUGGCAACUCCUGGUUACUCCACUCCUGUAGGUAACAUGAGCAGUGGCAGUUUGGACCAGACGUCCAACAAAGAUGAUGCCAGGGCCGUGUAUCCAGAGGACCACGAUGGCUACUACACUUCUCUGCGCACCAACUCUGGACACGGACCUGGGAAUGUUUGCAAUAGCAGCGAUGGCUUUGGGAAGCCGAGGCACAGCGUGGUCAAUAUUUUUGAUGGAAGAGCGCGGAAGAACCAAGGGGACCGGUCGAAUUGCCAAGACAAAAACCUUUCUCGAAACAUCUCUCUGAAGAAAGCGAAGAAGCCUCCCCUGCCACCCUCUCGGACAGACUCUCUGCGCAGGAUUCCCAAGAAGAGCGUCCAGUCGAACGGGCAGGUGUUGAACGAGAGCCUGAUCGCUUCGCUCCAGCACUCGCUGCAGCUGAAACUCCCGGGCAAGGGCGGCAGCUCGCCCUCCCAGAGCCCGUGCAGUGACUUCGAAGAGCCCUGGCUGCCUCGCUCCCGCAGCCAGAGCACAGUGAGCGCGGGCAGCAGCCUGACCUCCGCCACCACCCCCAACGUCUACGCCCUGGCCGGGGUCACACCGGCACAGAGCGACACGAGCAGCGUCAAGUCCGAGUACACAGACCCGUGGGGUUACUACAUUGACUACACGGGCGUGCAGGAGGACCCGGGGAACCCGGGCGGGGCGGGUCCAGCUGGCAGCGCAGCGUCGCCCGGAAACGGGCCAGGCCGCGAUCUCCCGGACGGGUCCAGGGCCGCGGUAGCCCCGGUGCCCGAUGGCGCAGUCAAACCAAAGAUCACAUCGCCGGAGAAGUCACACAGGGUCACUUCUCCAUCCAGUGGGUAUUCCAGCCAGUCGAACACACCCACGACUCUCACCCCUGUGCCUGUGUUUUUAAAGUCAGUGUCACCAGCCAAUGGGCGGGGGAAGCCCAAGCCCAAGGUGCCAGAAAGGAAGUCCUCUCUGGUAUCUUCAGUAUCCAUCUCCUCCUCGUCCACGUCUCUUUCCUCCAGCACUUCUACGGAAGGAAGCGGAACCAUGAAGAGGCUAGAUUCGGUGCUGGCUGCUCCCCUUGCUGCGCCUCCUCUGCCCCCUCUCCCAUCUCCCUGUCCCAGGGACAAGUCUCCUUUCCUCCCUCCUCCCCCUCCACCGGCAGAUUUCCCCGAGGGCUCGCCUCUGCCGGACUCUCCCCUCUUCCCCACUCCACCGCCAGAAGUUCUCACGCCCUUCUGUCCCCCCACCAACGCCUUCUUUCCUCCGACACCUACAGCACUCAGCCCCCGUCUUCUGCACUCAUCUGCCUCCCUGCCACCUCCACCACCUGCCUUCCCCCCCUCGGUGCCCCCGCCUGCCCCACCGCUUGACCCCAAAUUGAUGAAAGAUGCCAGGCCUUCUUUCAAAAAAGCUGGCCAGCCAGAGCCCUCCCGGGAGGCCUGCAGGCAGCCUUCCACCAAGGAGGAGGGCGGUAGACCCCCCAUGCCCCUGAUCACCACGGAGGCGUUGCAGAUGGUGCAGUUGCGGCCGGUGAGGAAGAACUCAGGAACCGAGGUAGCACAGUUACGUGAACAUGCAUCUCAGGAAAAACGAACUCCGGUUGUUCCCCAGUAUCAUGUAAAGCCAUCUGCUCUCGUGAAAUCCCGAAAUAGCAUAAAUGAAAUGGAGAGUGAAAGCCAGCCUGCCUCCGCGACAAGCUCGCUCCCGACUCCUGCCAAGAGCCCGACUCAGGGUCACCGGGACAGUGUAGCCGAGCGUGGCCUCCCGAGCCGCAGCCCGGGCCAUGCCGGGGAGGCAGAGGCCGGACCCGGGACCGCCCCGCCCCAUGAACCCCCCAGCCCGUCGCCCAGCAGGAAGCCCCCCCCUGUUUCCAAGAAGCCCAAACUGUUUCUGGUGGUGCCACCUCCGCAGAGAGAUUUCACGGCGGAGCCCGCAGAGAACGUGAGCAAAGCGUCGCCCAGCCCCACGAGAGGAGAGGCACAAGAGAAGUGUGCAGCCGGGGCUGGUUCCGAUGAGACCGACUCUGGCAGCUCGGUUCUUGCGGGAGGAGCUUCAAGAUCUGAGUCCCCGGGCAGAGUGGAAGCCAAUGUCCCCAUGGUGCAGCCUGAUGCCUCGCCAGCCCCCUCGCGGGAGGAGCCGGGCGCCGAGCGCUGUGCGGACGCCGGGGACAACGUGGAGAGCUGUUUGUCUCUGCAGGACCCAGGGCCUGGGGUACCGGAGGCUGACACAGCCGGUUCUUCCUCAGAGGCCUGUGACUUCUGUAAGGAAGAUGGGAGUGAUGAGGUGAUGACCCCCAGUAGACCCCGGACCACGGAAGACCUUUUUGCAGCUAUUCACAGGUCUAAGAGGAAAGUCCUUGGCCGUAAAGAUUCCGAUGAUGAUCACUCCCGAAACCAUUCUCCCUCCCCGCCAGUGACACCCACUGGUGCUGCCCCCAGCCUGGCCUCCCAGAAGCAAGUGGGAUCGAUUCAGAGAAGCAUACGGAAGACCAGCACCAGCAGUGACAACUUCAAAGCUCUGCUGCUGAAAAAAGGGAGUCGGUCGGACACCAGUGCCCGCAUGUCCGCAGCCGAGAUGCUCAAGAACACAGACCCCAGAUUCCAGAGGUCAAAGUCGGAGCCUUCGCCGGACACCCCCGAGAGCCCAUCAAGCUGCUCCCCGAGCAAGAACAGAAGGGCCCAGGAGGAGUGGGCCAAGAACGAAGGCUCGAUGCCGCGGAGUCUGUCCUUUUCUGGCCCCAGGUACGGCCGCAGCCGAACUCCGCCUUCCGCCGCCAGCAGCCGGUACAGCGUGCGGAACCGGAUCCAGAGCAGCCCCAUGACCGUCAUCUCAGAGGGCGAAGGGGAGGCCACGGAGCCCGUAGACAGCAGGGCUCUCCGGCCCCUGGGCGCUCUGAGGGGACGUUCGCUGGAAGCACUGGUGGGGGACGGAGUGGGUGAGGGCAGCCUGCUCUGUGCAGGGCAGCCCGCUGCCUCGCGGGGGGCGCAGGCUCCUGGCCCCACGGAGGGGCGGCCCAGCGCAGAGGGCACGGAUCCAUCAGAACAGCGUGGAGGUCCCCAGAGGGAAGAGAGCUAAGGGCAAGAACCUCCCAGGUGACAUGGGGAGAUGUGCAGCACAGCGCUCUGGGAAGCCUGACAGGUACCCUUCCCUGCCUUGUCCACGGAUCCCGCUCAGCAUCUGUGCUGUGGGCCCGGCACGGCCGGCCCCGCAGCGGAAAGGGAGGGCUAUUUAGGACUCACUUGGCACUUGCCCUGUGGCUUAAAAGCAAGUAGAAGCUUAACUUCUAAAAGUGCUUCCUGGGGAAGAUUUUUUUUUUUUCCUCUAAAUGCUGGGUGUGUGUGCAGGGAUGUGGAUGUGUGUGCAUUUGGAACACUUUUUAUGUUAAAAAAAAAAUACAGCAUGUACAGAAAUAGGAGAGACAGCGUUAAGCUAGGUAGAGUAAUGGAGCCUUCUGAGCGAGGUGGUAACUGCUUUAAAAGUGUUACGUUUAUGGAAAUUAAUGAGUUCCAGAAGGGAGAGGACCAUUACUUCUGAGAAAGAGGGGGUAGAUUUGCUGGUUCUGAGCGCACAGAACGGGUGGGGAUGUGCACAGGUGUGCUUUCAAGGGGGGCCAUGUAGUGGUUACCCCAAAAGUUGGUAAGGGGCUAAGUGACUCAUUGGUUCAGGUACUUUUUUCUGGGGAAAAAAGGCUUUGUUUCUUUUUUGUAAAAAUGACAGAUACGUGGACAUGGCAACGCUGUAACUCGGAGUCUGCUGCUGUGCAGCCACAGACACACAACUUCUAGCCUGGUUUGUAGAAAUGUAGGUAAUUUUUUAAUGACUUUCCUCCUUGAGCAGCAGCUGAGACCUCCUUGGAGAGCUGAAAUGACAGUGGCACAUACAGAGAGGGUAACAGAGAUGAGAAAGGGGAGAGGAGUAAGUGAUACACUGCUGGAAUUUGUUUCCUGCUUAUUAAAUGAAAUUAUUUUUCAGAAUUAAAUUUUAAAACUUGCACUACAGAACUGUGGGUGGAGCCUUUCCUUUUACAACUUUUUUUUUUUUUAAACCAGAGUUGAAACUUCCAGUUGGUGAUUUCUUAUCACUUGAAACGUCAACAUCUGCUAACUUUUGGAUAUCCUUUUGGUUACACCAAAGAAAACGUUAAUGCUAUUUUUCCUUGAACUGCCUGCCGUAUCGUGUCCUCACUUAGAAAGGUUUAUCAAAAUCUAUUCUAUAUUAUCUUACUUUGAAGAAAAUGCUGAAGAGCUCUUUUUGGUCAAAUAAACUGAUAAAAAUUGGCAGGCCUUGGCUCUUAAUUAGCCCUGGGAAAUGAAUUUUUAGAUUAAAAAGAUUUUUUGCAUCAUUUGGUUUGUGUGUUUUUAUAUUUUUUACAAAUAGUUGAGUUCACUAAUUACCUUCUAAUCUUCUCUGGUUAGAAUUUUAACACUUUUAGACAUGGAAGAAAAGUGUGUAAAGUAUUUAUUUUUAUGUGAUAUUCUUGUGACCACUUCCAACUGCCAUGUACAUAGACUCCUUUAUUUGUUGGUUAAAUAAAAUCAGUCUUGUCUUCAUCAGAAGGACUUAAGAUGAGAGGACUGAGAUUAUUAGCCUAAAUACAGUGCAGCUGCCAAUUUUCAUCUUUUUUGGUAUGAAAAUAUCAUCUAAAAGUUGGACUGCACAGGCCCAACCAUCACAAGGUUUAUACAGUAAAACAUUAGGUACCCAUUUUAGACACGGCUUUGAGACAAAAACAAACCUAAAGAAUUGAGACUCCUUCCAUCCUCUGAAGAAAACAAAACACGUCUUUUCACACAACAAGAAAUCAAGACCUGACAUUUGGCCAAGAGCAAAAGGACUUUCUACCACUUGGAGCAAAGCGUCUGCUACAUUGGGCGCAAGAAUCUUUUCUCCUAAAUUUUAGAAAAGUGGCAUUGGCUUUGGAAUAUGAAAUCUUUUCAUAGCUACCUAAAAAGGAUGAGAAUGUACGUGGAUAUCAGAAAACAAAUUUAAUAUAUAAAUCAUUUAUGUUGAAGGUAAGAUAAGCACCCUCAAAACUAAUUAUAAAGCUCUUUUUAAAAUUCCCAUUUUUAAAGGAAAAAUAUAUUAAGUUUUUUAAUUUGCUUUGAAUAAAACAAUUGUAAA